UUCGACACAUAAAACAAUGGAACAUUUGAGCACAUUUAUAAAUCACAAGGAAAAGACGGAAGUUUAAAGAGGUUUUUCAAGUUCGUUUGUUUUGUUUAAACUCAUCAAUUAGACCUAUUUGAUUGCCAGCCUGUUCCUGUGCUUGGUGAGUAAACUGCCACUACCAAACUUACGUGUCUUCGUGCUUUUUUUACAACUCAUUCACCCUUUCCACGAGAGUCUGUCAACGGAUGGACAUCACAUUCUCGAGGAUGUUCUUUCUCUUUGUUUAUUUAUCCUUGCUUGCUUUUGGAAAUGGAAUUUCAGUUGAAGAGAUAUUAGAAAAAAAAAUUAGGAAAUUGAAUCAGCUUACUACCAGCCAAUCAUAUAUCAGUCUUGAUACUGAUCAAUUUAAUCUUCUACUAAAAUCACAGCCUAGGAAUUACUCAGUUAUACUACUUCUGACUGCCUUAAGUUCUAGUAGAAACUGUGCGCCCUGCAGACAAGCAUUUGAAGAGUUUCAAGUUGUAUCGAACUCUUGGAAGUAUUCCAAGCAACGUGAUGAUCGGUUGUUCUUCGCGAUUGCAGACUUUGACAAGGCACCUGGUGUCUUUGAGUUUCUACAUCAAGAAACUGCUCCUGCGAUUGUGUUUGUAUCACCUAAAGGAAAUAUAAAGCAAUCGGACUACAUGGAUAUUACGGUUAAUGGAUUUUCUGCUGAGGCGAUCAUGCGAUGGAUAACUGGAAUUACCCAAAUCCAGAUUCGUUUAUUCCGACCUCCAAAUUAUACUGGAACCAUGAUACUUGCCCUUUUUAUGUCUCUUGGGGCUGCGGUUUUGUACUUUCGUCGAAUCAACUUGGACUGUCUAUAUAAUCGUUCAUUAUGGAGUGCGAUAUCGUUGGGUGUUAUUUUCUGUUCUAUUUCUGGGCAAGUGUACAAUCAUAUUCGUGGACCCCCGCUUUUUCAUGCGCCACCUCCUAACGGAGAAAUUAAGGCCUUUAUAUACGAUGGUUCUGACUAUCAAUUUGUUGCAGAGACUUUUAUUGUGAUGAUUUUAUAUAUUGGUUGCUCAGGGGGAAUUCUUCUGAUGACCGAAGUUAGUUCAACUACUGAUCCAACAAAGCGAAAAGUUUACACAGUAUCAGGAAUAGCCCUGUUUAUCAUAUCUAUCCACUUUAUACUGUCAGUCUUUCGAAGGAAAUAUCACGGCUAUCCAUAUGGAUUAUUUUUCAGAUAAAUAUUACCGACAACAUGGACGUGUGAUAACUAUGCUUAUUUGUUUCAUUUUUUUAAAUGAUUUUAACGAAGAACCUUUUUUGUAUUGUAUGUUAUGCAUAGUCAUAUAUCAUUUGGAAUAAAAGUGUUAUUAUUUUGCGUGUGCAGG